AUGGCUGAAGCAAAUUUGACAACAAUAAGGAAAAUACAAGCAGGUCAUCGAGCGCAUACGACGAAAACUAUUGCCAAGGCAAAGCAAGUUAUUGAAAGCUUCGAUGAAAAUCAAGUCAGUGUCCUUCGUUCAUAUCAAGAUGUUUUGCAUCAGAAGUUGGAAUUAAUCCCAAAAUUAGACGAAGAUAUUCUCCAGGGAACGAAGGACGACAAUAUUGAGAAGGAAAUCGAGGAUAGCGGCGAUUUUAAACGUAAUAUUAAAGAGUGUAUUUUUCAAAUCGAAAGUGUUCUAGUUUCUACACAACAAGUAAGUGAACAAAGCACAAGUGGCGUUGCUACUCCGAAUACAAGUGUCAAUCAACCUUAUCCAAGUCAAGUUAAGUUACCUAAGCUACAUUUAAAGAAAUUUAAUGGGGAUCCAACGUGUUGGCAACAAUUUUGGGAAUCAUUCAAUUGUGCAGUCCAUGAAAAUACGGUAUUGAGUAGUAUUGAUAAAUUCAACUAUCUUCUUGGUCUACUAGAGAAUACAGCUUUGCAAGCUAUAUCAGGUCUGUCGCUGAGUGGGGACAACUACAUUGAAGCAGUAAAGAUCCUUCAAGAUCGAUUCGGAAAUAAGCAACUGAUUAUAAGCAAACAUAUGGAUAAACUAUUGAAGUUGCCAAGUGUAUCAAGUCUACGGGAUAUCAAGAGUCUGAGGAGUGUCUAUGAUUCAAUUGAAUCGAAUGUUCGAUCACUAAAGAGCCUGGGAGUUAAUUCGGAGAUGUAUGGAAGUUUGUUGGCGCCUAUCAUGAUGUCGAAGUUACCGAACGAGCUUCGUUUGAUAAUUUCACGAAAAACAACAUCAGAUAUUUGGGAUAUGGAUACUCUACUUUCUACGUUUAAUGAAGAGCUUUAA